GGCCCGCCAGCUGCCUGGUUAGCCGCGCGACCGGCACUCCUCGGGCGUCGCUGCACGCAGCGUCGCUGCGGCCGCUGGGUCACCGGUGUCUCUCUGGCCGAGAUUCGACCGUGCUCCUGCGUGCGGCGUCCUGCGACAGUGUUUCUUUCUUCGACGACCUCAAACACACGCCGCUGCUGGCCGGGGCGGCUGGUAUUUCCACGGCGCGGCGUCUGCUCGCGCUGUGUUUACCGCCAGCGGCGGCAGCAGCGCUCAGUCCGCCGCCCCGGGCGCCGCCGGCCGCUGUCCGCCGUCCCCGUAGCUCCGAAUCGGUGCUGGUUAGCCAUGGAGCGACUGCUCGUGCUGCUGCUGCUGGCGACAGCCACCUCAGAAUUCGAGUUUCCCGAGGACCCCCCACUUGCGGAGGUCACCGGGCCGCCAAGCACAGCGGAACCCGAAAUCAUUGAUCCUGACGAAGAUCUAGUGGACCCCGGGGAAGACGGGGUAUCUGGACGAUUUUUUGGAAUACCAGGCCUGAAGAAACUCGGCUCUGUGGCCAGCAGUCUCCUGAACACCAUCAAGUCGGGCGACGAUGACCAGAAGCGAUUCGCAGCACCAGCCCCUCCACCGCAGCAUCAGACUGUGACGACGGAUUACCUGGAGUAUGAUGUAGUCAGUGAUUACAUGGACAGCCCCGUCACCCCGGUGGUGGACUGCUCUCAGCUGCGAGGGCGGCAGCGGCGCCGGUGCCUGUGGUCUCGCCGAGGGAACCGCGUGGCGUCUGGGGGCAGGCCAGAGCCGCCCCCCUUCGCCGCCAAUGAAUUUGGCAACAUCGACUGCUCACAGUACCGAGGUCAGCAGCGGCGGCAAUGUCGUCAGGCGCGUCGGAACACGAGGUGCCCUCAGCCGAACCUCGGAGCGAGCUCAGGCGGUCCAAGCCGACUAGCGCUGCAGCAGGCUCAGGAAUGCUGCCAAUAUCAGCAGGGUGGAGACCUCAUCCACUUCAACAACUGCUGCCAGGAGUUCGGCUUCUGUCCCAUCUGCGAGGCUGACACGGACGCACUGGCGGAGGCUCAGUGCUGCCCGCUGAAGUACAGCGGGGAUGAGCUGGGGUACAGGCGCUGCUGCUCCCAGUUCGGCAUGUGUCCGUUCUGCGACGAGCCUCCAGAGCCACCCAAGCCAGCGGGUUGCAUGUACAAAGGGAAGCUGUUCGCCCCGAACUCAGAGAUGGACAAGCUGGCUUACAAAUGUAUGUUUGUCCGCUGCAAUGACGCCGGAAACGGGCCAGAAACAGUACUCGAGUACCUGGACAUGGUUGGAUGCUGCGAGCAGGGCAAGGACCUGUUCCCGCCGGGCCGGAGCAUCGAAGUGGACGAGUGCACCAGCCGCGUCUGCCAGGACGGCCAGUGGGUGGACGCCAGCAACGGACUGGCAGACGUCUUCGCCAGCCGGUGUCCGGACGGCUGGCUGGACCUGGGCGGCAGCUGCAUCUACAUCUGGAAGGAGCUGAUGACGUGGAAGGACGCCAACGCCGCCUGCGGCCGGCUGCUCGCCAAGCUGGCCCUGCCGCAGAACCAGGCGCAGCUGUCACAGCUGAUUAACGCCUUCAGCAGCAUGGAGGAACGCAACAGUGAGGAGGUGCUGGGCGGCUGGGUGGACGCCCGCGACUCCGGCCGCCAGUGGCAGACCUCGGACGGCGACACGUUGACCUUCCAGCCGUGGGAGGAGGGCUCGCCGGACGAUCGGCGCUACACGGCCUGCGCUGGCCUGACCGUCACCAGCCGCUCGCAGGGCUGGAGGGACUACCUCUGCAACAGCCGCCAGAACAUGAUGUACCCCAUCUGUCAGGUACCGAAGAAAGGGUGCGGUCAGAACAACGGCGGCUGCGGUCCCUUCGAGGGCGACAUGAUGUUCCCCCCGGACUCGGAGAUCGCAUCGUUUUCUGACCAGUGUCAGACCUUCCGGUGCACAGCGGAUAGCUACGUCAUCAGGGAGGUGAACUCGGAGUGUUGCUACCACCACGAGUGGAACAGCAGGGCGUUCGGGCGCGCGCGCGGCUGGUACACGGGCCUGCACCCGCCCGGAGGCUUCCAGCUGUUCGAUGGCCUCCUCUGCGAGUGCGAGGCCGGCGUCAGCGACUGCACCCAGUUCUUCGACUACUGAGGGCGGCGGCGCCGGCGCGGCCCGGCUGACGACGUUGCAGCCGCCGAACGUCCGUGCGCUGAGGGCACCCGCUGGUGCGCGGCAGCGGUGGGAGGCUACUCCGGCAGGGGUCUGACGGGAGGGGAUGGGGUGAUGCUAGACAUCCCUGACAGCAAACAGCGAGACAUUCGCCGCUCGGGUCUGCACGUUCUGGAGCCUUGUCUGAGUCGCGCCAGUCCUCACACCUAGGCGACGCUCGGUGCAGGUGGUCAGAGUGAAGUGGCCAGUGUGAGCUGAACACAUCGGGACGACCGAAUCGGCAUUUCACGUUUUGGUGAUACAUGUUUUCAAAGCGGUUUGCGUUUUGUGAUUGCUAAUAAGAGGGCCGGUGUGAAUCGAUCAUGUGUCAGAAGUUAAACUCACCUGCCGAGUCGACAUCAGAGCUGUUGAAAUAAACUGCUGACCUGGAUAGA